UUUGGAAUGAGGACGAGUGGGCGAUAGUUCUACGUGGUGGCGUAAUUUGACGCCAGGGGACGACGCUCGGUUUGGGGGCGGGACGUCGGUUUGGAUCGCGCGCAGGCGCAGUGCCGUUCGCAAGAUAAAGGGCUUGGUUUCGGUGGUAUUGCUGGAAAGGGCUUGAAAAGGUGUCAUCAAGUAAAAUGACUUUGCAGUGGGUUGCUGUUGCAUCUUUCUUGUAUGCAGAAAUAGGCUUCGUUUUGUUUCUGUGUUUACCGUUCAUCUCCCCUCGAAGAUGGUUAAAAGUUUUCAAUUUCCGUUUAUGGGAGAAAAUUGCUUCUUACUGGAAUAGAGCAUUUCUCACUAUAAUUAUAGUGUUGGUUGUCUUGUUUUUUGAUGCCAUUAGAGAGGUGAGGAAAUACUCAAUGAGCCAAGUGAUUGGAAAGAAUGAAAAGAUGCUUCCAAAUAUGUAUGAUCAUCUCAACAUGAAGCUUUUUAGGGCACAAAGGAAUCUUUACAUAUCUGGAUUUUCACUGUUUCUUUGGCUGUUUCUCUCCAAAAAUCAACAAAUGAAGAACAGCUAUUAAAAGUUACUUGUAGAAACAGCAACAGCCUAUCAGAAUGUUUAAACCAACAUUAAUGAAUAUUCUCAAGCAAAAUGGAAAAACCUCAACUAAUAAAUCAAGUUUAAUUUCAAUCA